AUGCUUCUUCUCAUGAUACUGUUGUUUUGCUCUCUGAGAGUUGUCACGGCUCAAACUAAUUCAACAGGUAGUGCUCGGGCACUAGAUGCACUCCUCCAAGACUAUGCUUAUCGGGCACUUGUUCGCCCUAGGACCAGGACCGGUCGUGUUUAUGAUGGAGUUGUACCCUCUAAUUUAACAGGGAUUAUGGUUUCAGCAAUGAGGCUAAGGAGUGGUAGCUUAAGGAGACAUGGAUUUGGCAUGUACAAAGAGUUUGAGAUUCCUAUGGGCAUAGUCGAGAAGCCGUAUGUUAAAAGGCUUGUUUUGGUGUACCAAAACUUGGGGAAUUGGUCUAUAGUUUACCAUCCUCCUCCUGGUUACGUGUAUUUAGCUCCUGUAUUGGGUCUUCUAGCUUAUAAUGCUUCAGACCUGAUGGCCAAAAACUUGCAAGCGCUUCGUAUUAAUGCGUCUGGUCAGCCCAUAUCGAUAAAGUUUUCGGAUAUUAAAUCAUUGCCUGAGGGGCCAGUUCCUAAGUGUGUUUCAUUUGAUUUAAAUGGCACAUUCGAUUUCAGUGAUGUAUUACCAGACAAGACAUGUACAACGUUCCAACAGGGGCAUUUCUCUAUUGUGGUCGAGUCAACUGCUCUUUCACCAGUACCAAGUCGCCAUGGAAAGAAGAACAAUUCAAAGGUCUGGAUUAUCGUUGGGUCAGUGCUAGGAGGAUUGGCGUUAUUGGUUAUUUUAGGACUUCUAGUGCUGUUGGCCUACAAGUAUAAGAAGGCAAAGAAAAUGCAGCACAUGGAGAGGGCUGCAGAGGUUGGGGAGUCAUUGGAAAUGACUAGGGUUGGAAGCACAAUGGCACCAGCAGCCACAGUGACGAGGACGCAACCAACCCUCGAGACUGAGUAUGUGCCUUAA